AUGGAGAAGGCUGAGGUACUCAAUGACUUUUUUGCCUCACUCUUCACCAGCAAGUGCUCUAGCCACACAACUGAAGUCACAGAAGGCUGGGAGAAUGAAGAACUGCCCAUUGUAGGAGAAAAUCAGUUAUUUGUGAAACCAUCUCAGGAUGAGCUACAAGAAGCAAUUUCUGCUCGUGCAGCAAGAGAGCAAACAGCUGAAUACUCAGAUGACUUCGAGAGUGACGAAGAUGGAGUGUUAAAUGGUAUUGGGGAAGAACUUAAUGAAAGUAAUUCAGGUGCUGAAAGCACUAAGAAAUCAGUUGGUGUUGAGAGUCCUCUCUCAGAUGAUGAUGCUUCACAAAAAGCAGCAGAUUUGGAAAACGAAGCUGCUGAUGACUUGACUUUAUCCUUUCAUGAAAAGAAUCUUCAGCAAGUAAUGCUUUUAGAAAGUGAAAACGUACAGGAUGACAGAAAAGAUGGUGAAGAAGAAUAUUUGGAAAGUCAAAAUGAGGGUGAUGACAGAAAAAAUAAUGAAGAGUGUUCAGCUGCUGAAGAAGUACCGUGUGAUAAUAGUGAAAGUGACCACUGUCAUGACUUGGCUAUUUGUGAACUACAGAAAAAAAGAAAUCAAGAGGAAAACAAACCAAUACCAAAGCCACGGAUGCACAAAACAAGAAAUGCUUCAGCAUCAGAUCAAGAUCAGAAGAUUAGCACCAGUGACUUGAAACUGGAGGACAAUGGUAGAAAAUCUCCUUCUGGGUCAACAGAUGACAGUUCAGAUGAAAUGGUGAGAAUAGUAGAAGGGCAAAUAGUGACUGAUCCAAUACAGGAGGUAUCAGUGAAUGAUCAAGCUGAGCAUGGGGAGGUGAAGAACACUUCAGAGGACUCUGUCAAGAAACUAAAUGAAACAAAGGAGAGAGUUCUACAAAACCCAAAGGCUUCUUUAUCUGACAGGUCUCUGUCUUCUGCGAACUUAAAGAAAAAGGCAAAAGCUGUUCCAUCAGCUACACCUGUUUCAUCACAAUAUCUGGGAACAUUAAAGGUGUUGGAGGAUAAAUGCGUGCAAAAGAACAGUACAAAAUUUGACAAAGCAGAUAGUUUACGAGCAGCUGUUUUCCAGAAUUGGUUGGAAAAGAAAAGGGCCUUUCUACUGGAAUUAAAGAGAAUUGAAAAGAAGAAAGCUGAAAAACAAAGGAACAAUACUGAAAAGAAAGAGGCUGUUAAAAGAGAGGAAGCAAUUGCCUCUUUUGAAGCCUGGAAAAAAAAGAAAGGAAGAGAAGCAAAGAAGUUAAGUGAAAAAAAGAAGCUUGAGGAACUUAAGAAAAAGAAAGCAGCAGAAGAGGAUGAGGAGAAAACAGAAGCAGCACAGAAGGCAUUCGAAAAAUGGAAAGAAAGAAAAGUGGAAUAUUUAAGAGAGCAAAGCAGAAAGGAAAAACAGUCUGAAAGAAUGAGAAAGAAGAAAGAAGAGGAACUGAUCGCAGAGAAGAAGAGAGACAGCGUGUCAGCAGUUGAAAAGUGGAAUGAAAAAAAGGAAGAAUAUAUGAAACAGAAGAAAGUAGAAAAAAUCCUAGAGAGAAGAAACCAAGAAAUACAACAGGCAAAGAAGGAAGAAAAAGAUAAAAAGGCUAUGGAGGAAUAUGAAAGAUGGCUGGAAAAGAAAGAGAGGAGAGAGCAGCUUGAGAAGAAGCGAAAGAAGUUGCAGGCUGUCCAUGGGCAUGAAGCGCCUUGUCCCUGGAGUCCACCUGGCAAAGUCACAUAUUCAAGGAAUUACUGA